AUGGAGCCGGCGCCGCAGCAACGAAGUGAUGAAGUCGAAAACAACACCGAGCUGACGCAUGCCAAAACCGAGUCGAGACCAGCAACUACCGCCGCCGCCGACGACACCCACCGCCGGGACACGACGCCCAAAAUGGAGGCCCACGAUUCCAUGGUAACCGUCAGGCUGUCUGAGCCGCCCGUCCUGACCAUAGACACCAACGUCGGCCCCGACUCGCCACCCAGGAGGAGACCUAGCACAGUUCGCAUCGAGAAGGCACCGUUUCCAGAGAGCAUCGCCGCAGAGAACAAAGACACACCCGAGGCCGAAGACGACGACGAAGAAGACGCAACGCCGCCGAGCGAUCCCGCGACCCCUUUGCCAGCGACGAGCGCUACGAGGAGUCUCCAGGACGAGCUUGUCGACUUCGAGGACGAGGAAAGUGACGAGGUUGGAGAGCUGGUGUCGAGAGUAUCACCUACAAAGGUCUCACCGCGGGGCAUACUUGACGAGGCAGAGACCCGAACACCCGUCGACGAGGAAUCAGAAGACGAAGAAGAAGUGAACUGGGACGAAUUGCAAAAAACAGAGGCAGAAGAGCCUAGGGACGCAGACACCGACAGAUCAACGGCUAUGUUGCUGGCUAUGCUCGAGAAGGAAAACGAUAAAUUGGCUACGAACCCAAAGAGCAUCAAAGCACAGCCCGUUACACAAGUCGCCGCCUCCAAUCGCCCCAGACCACCCUCAAUGGCACAACUAAAGCACAUGGUAACGGGGCCGACGCCGUCGGCCUUGCGAUACUCGAUGCUGCCGCCACCGCCGAUGACCGACCUCGAGUUCUACGCCGCGCUGGUCAAAGAUUACCAGCAGACCGCCGCCCGUCUGCCGACGCUGCUGUCCAACAAGAUCCGCAAAGGCAUCCCUCCCCCGCUGCGAGGCGUCGUGUGGCAGAGCAUGUCGGGCGCCAGGGAUACCGCGUUGGAAGAACAGUACGAGCGAUUCUCGGGCGAGACGAGCCCCUACGAAGCCACUAUUGGCAAAGAUCUGGGUCGGAGUUUCCCCGGGGUCGACAUGUUCCGCGACCCGGAAGGCGACGGACAGCGCAUGCUGGGCAGGGUGCUGAAAUGCUUCAGCCUCUACGACACGAAAAUUGGCUACUGCCAAGGACUGGCCUUCCUCGUCGGCCCGCUAUUGAUGCACAUGCCUGAUAAGCAGGCAUUCUGUGUAUUGGUUCGAUUGAUGGAACGUUAUGAUCUGCGAAGCUGUUUCCUGCCAGACCUGUCAGGACUGCAUGUGCGCAUCUACCAGUUUCGAGAGCUUCUGCGCGAGCACUUGACGCCAGUAUCGAACCAUUUGGAAGAACUGCAGGUCGAUCCGGCGUACGUUUCACAGUGGUUCCUCAGCUUUUUUGCCGUUACAUGCCCCCUGCCAAUGCUGUUUCGCAUCUACGAUGUCAUUUUUGCCGAGGGGGCCCCGGAGACCCUUAUGCGGGUCGCCCUAUCUCUGAUGCAGAAGAAUCAGGCCCGGAUUUUAGCGUGCACCGAGCUCGAGGACGUUAUGCAACUUCUCCUUUCGAGAGGUCUGUGGGAUUGUUACCACUACAACGCAGAUGAGUUCGUCCAGGAUUUUGUCAGUUUAUCGGGUAUUGUAACCCGCGAGAAAUUGGCACAAUUGGAACAGGGGUACCGAGACGCGCAGAUCGCUAGUGCGAAUGCGGCGCGUUCCUCGGACGUGACCUCUGCAGCCUCCCGCUUCCUGGGCCGCAUUUGGGCUUCCUCCACCAUCAUCUCCCCGAAGUCCUCCUCCACCCUGAGCCCGGGCCUCACCGCUCCGUCACGGCCUUUGAGCAUGUUACGAAGGAGCACCUCCAAGCAGAGUCUGGCUUCCACCCUCAAUUCGAUGGAAGCCAGCUCCGUUAGCGUUCUUAGCUCUGCGUCCACCGAAGCCACCACCGUCUCCCGCGAUUCAGCAAACACCACCGACGACAAUGCCUCCCUCCGCGAAUCCACCCCGGUCGGCAACAGCGCCAAAUCCAUCAACGGAACAGGUGUCAAAAAGACGCAAGAUCACUACCUGCAUACGCAAAUCGAAGACCUUCUCGCCGCAUUGACCGAAUUGCAGCGCAAUCACGCCCAACUCGCGAGCGAACUACAACAAGAACGGGAACAGCGAGAGGAGGACAAGCAGGCCGUGCGGUCGCUGCUUGACGGCUUGCGCAAGAAGGCCAGCAACGACUCUGUCAGCACCGAUGCGAGCGUCGAUACUGUCAAGGCGAACAACGACCCCGCAACUGAGGCACGCGAGGGAGGCGAGGGAGACGUGGCCAGUGCCAAGACUGAUGGACUGGAUGGACCCUCCCCUGAGGAGCUGUCGAGCCUGCUUGAUGUCGUCGAAGGGAGGUUUGGGCGACACAGCAGCGAUGAGCGCCCGAAAUCGCGAGGUGGAUCCAAGUCGCAGAUGCAACAGGAAUUGCAGCAACUCAAGGAUCAACUGGCCAGCGCGGUGUCGCAGUCCCAGACGUACGACCGAAAGAUACACGAUUUGGACCAGGAGAUUUCCGCCUUGAAGGACCAAGUCCGGGAAUCCCAUUCGCAUACACGCAUCCUCCAUCAGGAUAAGCAACGACUCGAGAAGCAGAUACACACUAUGAGGGCGCGGGCCUCGGCCGCAGACACGGAGAGUAAUAAUCAUCACGACGGAGACGGGCCCAUGCGGAAGAGCUCUGCGAGCGGCACCGGCCUGAGGGAGCUGAAACUGGGUAGGAGCAAGUCGACGCCAUCCCAGGCCGGGUCGAUAUUCAGUAAACGGUCUUCUUCACUGUCCAAGCCCCACGACUCUACUCCUCCGCCGCCGACGGCUCCCGUUCCAGCUCCGGUUUCUGCGCCACCGAUGCCGGUGGACGACCAGACCGAGGCGCUCCUGUUGGAGCUCGUCCAGGCCAAGACUGCCGAAGCUAUUGCCAGGCAAGAGGCCGAAGAAAUGAAGCAGAAGCUCGAGAGCUUGCGCAAGGCGCACGGCCUGGUCACCGCCGCGGAGACACCAGCGCCGACGGCAGCGGGAGCAGCCGCAACAGCCGCUAUGGGCGUCUUCGGCCGGCUCACGGGCGCGUCAACAGAGCCCGUCAAGCCCGCCAGCCCGGCGCCGACACCAGCGCCGGCAACAGCGCCGGCGACUCCCGCGCCCGCGGCGGGAGGAGGAUUCUGGGGCUGGAGACGAUAG